CUCGUUCUUUUUCUCGCCUCUUCGAAAUCUCUUCACCAAACAAAAAGAAAACGAAAAAAAAAAUCUUGAGGGAUUUUGUCCUCUUUAGAUUUGGAUUUUCAUUGGCUUUUCCAGGGAUAACGCUGUCGGGAUUUGGGCUACCUCUGCUGAGAUUUUUCUCUCACAUUGCGAGGUUCUUGCUGGGUCUUCCCUCGAUUUCUUCGUCUGGAUUCGAUCCGAGGAGCUCAAUUGGAUGCAUUUAUGAGAUGGGUUUCUUCCCUUGAUGUUUCUUGAUGCGUUAUCUUUGAUUAUUUUAAGUUAGAACUCGAGUUUUGAUUGGUUUGAGAGAAAAAAAAUUUGUUGUUGAAUUUGGUGGGUUUUUUUUGGUUUGAGCUGAAAGUUGCAGUUUUGGCUUUUGGGUCAUCUCUUCCUUUAAUUUUUGAAGGAUUAUUGGUAUGCUAGUUGCCUGGGUUAUGAGUGUUCGGAGUAAUUAUUUGGGUUUUUUUCCUCUCGAAGUAAAUGAAUUUUCCCACAUUGUGGAUUUUGCUUAUUUGGUCAGUGUUACUUCUAAUGAUAAGGGAGUGUAAAUGAUUCUCCAUUGGAUUGAGUGCAUUUGUAGGUUCAUCUGACCAUUAUCAGAGCUUGUUCCAAAUACCCAAAAAUUCUUGUCUAAAUGGAUGAAAAGAUUGAGAAGAAAUCAACUGAAUCAGGAAGUCUUUUUCGUAGUUUGAUUCAGACACAAAUCAAAGAAAAUGUUAGUUCUGGUAAUCACAAUUUUUCUUCUCAAUUGGAAGGAAAAUCAUUAAAAAAUAAAGUUGAUGCUAAAGAAGGAGGUACAUUCUUUUCUAAUGAGUAUGUUAGGGACCAUGGUUCUCUUUUGAGCUUGCAUCCAUGGAUCUUUAAAAAGGAAGUUUAUCAGGAUGAGGAGAACAUGAUGAAAGUAAAUGGAGAUUUAUGUGAUAGGUGCAGUCAUGAACUAAAAAUGUCGACUUACUCCUUGCCAGCUGGGCUUUCUCUUAGGAAUGUCAGUGUUGGUUACGGACAAGGAAGAGGUCGAAGCUCUCUGAAGAGCAGGCGAUCUCAUAGGCGCUCUGUCAAAUCUGUAGCAUCUCUUGGAAACUGCCUCAUCCCUCAGCUUUACAACGAGCAUUUUGAGUUGGAAGAAUAUUUUGUAAGUUCAAUGCCAUCUUCGACAGUGACAACCUUGAGGCCUCUCAUCAUAACCGAUGGUAACAGAACAAUUAGUAAAUCAACUUAUGAUACUAUGGGCAUGCAAUAUGAGAGCGGAUUGCUUAAGGAAGUUGAUGGAAUAGCUUCGCAACAAAUGGAAACUGUGGUUGGUGUUCCUCCUCUUCCGAAAUUUAUCAGUUCAAAACAAACCAGCAGGGAGGCACAACAUCGAAAUUCUCCGAGAACAUGUAAAGUCUCACAUUCACAGGAUUCAUCAAGGCGGAUGCUUCUAUUUUGUCUUGGAAUCAAUGUGGGUCUAAUAUCUACCAUCAUAUCAAACAAAAGAGAAAUAGAGACGCUAAAUAGCAUGCUGAAGCACAGUGAAAACUUGGUUCAAGAUUUGCAGGAAGAGUUAGACAUGAAAGAUUCACUGACAGUGAAGGAACUGCACAACGAAGCUUUUGAAAGCCAAAGACUAGAUAGCAAUCAUGCCAACAUUGAAGAUUCUAUCAACUUAUUACAGACUGAGGCUCCAGCAUCCUGGUUUUCUGAGAAUACUGAUGAUAGUGUCAAUCCCCAUUUAUCCAAAUCUGUAGAAAUCUCCGAGUUGAGUAGAAUUGAAGCAGAGUUGGAGGCUGAACUGGAGAGGUUGGAACUGAACAUAAAUGCCUCUAGUCUGGAGAGACAAAUGUCUGCUCUUAGUGAGCUAGAUCCAGACUUUAUAGCUGAUGUAGUUCAUGGAGAACUGAGAGUUGAUAUGCUUGAUGACGGCACUCAAGAGGGCAACAGAGACAGCCACAGCUCCUUCACAACCGAAACCCACAAUGUGAACUAUGCAGUCUCACCUAGGGAACUCAGCUUACGACUCCAUGAAGUCAUUCAAUGUAGACUUGAAGAACGAAUCAAAGAGCUUGAAAGUGCACUUCACCAUAGCCAGAAGCAACUCGAGUUCAUGAGAUCAGAGCAGGUUUUUGAAAUGACUUCUUAUUCCGACGUAGAAAGCCCAACACGUUACGAUCAAGGUGAUAUAUUGGUUGAACCGUUGCAUUUGGACUUAGCUGGGGAUGCAUUGGCUGCUUAUGGUGAAGCUUAUGAGGAGUUCAUAAAGGCCAGCGAAGAGCGCAUAGAUAACGGGAGUUCUGUGGGAGAGAGUAGGGAUUUUAGGAGUAGGGAGUAUAAUGAUGUUGUUGAGAGCAGUGAGAGCGAUGAUGAGGAAGGAAAAGUACUGAUUCAACGGAUAUUGGAGAGGACAAAGAAAGGUUAUCCUGAUGUAGUAAUGCAUGCUUAAAGGAUGCUUUCUGCAAUGGAUGUAUAAUUUUUAUGAUUUUGGUUGUUGGCAAGUUUUGUGGUGGCUUCAAAAUUUUCAGAAUCCAACUAGCACAUGUAAUUUCGGAUCA